AUGAUCCGUGUGGUGGUUGGACCGCCGGUUUCCAGGAACAAAACUCCGCUCUCUGAUAUUGCUGCUAAUACCCUUGUCCAGCACUAUAAUUCGGGCCCUUCUCCCAAAGUCCAUCAUCCCUUGAAUCCUGCAGUCAGACACUCAAAACCUCUUAACAAGAAGGCACAGUUUUUCGAGUAUGCAAUUCUUGAUGGUCGUCGCAUUGUACCAACGUCUCGGACAAAGCGGAAAAAUGCAGGUUCUUCAAUUGUCAAGGUUGUAUGGAAUGACGAAACAUAUACCGGUGUUAUCACCCACAUUUUCCGCCAUGACCAACUUUCAGUUAUGGACGAAAUCCUGUGGGCCGAGAUUCUGUGGAUGGCGAAGUUGGAUAUGUGUGCUGUCAAUGGCAAUCCUUGGAGUGAUUUCCCAGAACUGGAGGUUGAAUUUUGGCGUCAUGACUAUUAUCAUCAACCUGGUACACUGGGGGUACCUCCAAGCGUGAUCCCAUUCAAAGUCAUCUGGUGUCCAGCUGCAUGUGGGGAAUUAAAGCUGUAUCGGCCACCCAUGUGGGUGACAACGACAUUGCCCAGGGUACGUUCUCAACAUAUGUCACUUAUGAGUGUUGCUAAUAUGAUCUACAGCAUUCUUCUCUUCUAG